CACUAUUUCCAGCAGCUGCAUCUGCACGUCAGUUCCGCAAUAGAGCGGCUACACGCAGGAGGGACAUCGCAGAUCAUCGCGAAACUCUUCCCCAAUCUCCCAGCCUAAAGUUUUCGGAAAGCUAGCUGCAGGCAAGCCCGCUUAAGAUGAUUCUCACGCUGGCGCGCUUCUCGCGGACGACGUACCGCGGCGCGCUCAGCUCUGGGUCGGGCUCAUCGUCCAAGAUGGCAGCGUGCUCCUCGCCCAAGUCGCGCAGUACGCUGCGACAGGCCAUCGCGUCCGGGCAACUGCAGAACGGGCACAACGUGCCCAAGAGCCUGCAAAAGACGGCACGGACCUUGGAGCUAAACGUGCAGCAUGAAGAUCAUGACCAGGGGAUGCGCUGUAUCAACAAGGCCGUCGGGCUGGGCAAGUACGUUCGCUGCAUGGGCGACGACGCGAUCGGCGUCUUUGGCAGGAAGCCCCCCAGCGAGAUGGCGUCCGUCGCCAGUUUGCGGCUGCAGAUGGAGCAGCUCGGCCUCGUCCAAACGUUCGAGCAGGAGCGCCUCGCGCAGGCAAAGACGCAGAAGGCUGCCGCAGUGUCGUGCAAGAAGAACAGGCCUUCACGCAGCGCGAGGGCCUCGUCGACGGCGGCGCAACCAGCAAGCGCCGGAGCCGAGGCGGCAAGCGCGCAGGCGGCAGCUGCAGCGCCCGCAUCACCAGUAUCAGAGGCAGCAGCCCAUGAGUAUUAUCAGCAUCGCAGCCGCCGGGCCGGCAGCCUCUCAUCAUGCUUUGAGCAACCCAUCGACACGUGA